CGGAGUAAUUGGUUUUUUGCUAGACUGUUGAUUGGUUCUUGAAUAUGAAGGGAUCAAAUUGAUGGGUUGUAAUGAUUUUGAAUAAUGAAUACAUGUUCAAUAUGUUGUACAAUGAUUUAAUUGGUUGAAUAAUCAUUCAUUAAUUACAUUUAUGGGUGGAUAACAAUCUUAUGGACAAGCGAUAAGUACUUUCAACGAGAAGAAGGCAGUUAUCAUCGGUCAAAUGAAUGUUCAGACUAGUGCUGAUCAUAGUAAUAGUGUUAUUUGAGUGUAGUGACUGAAAUCAUCGUGGCUUUGGGAAAUGAGGUUCAUCCCUAAUUAUGGAAUGUGGCAAUAAUGGAGAUGAGAAGCACGGAUACUGAUUUUCCAUUGACAUAUCGCAGGUUCUGCAUCUCAAACCAAGUUGAUGAAUAUUAACUCUAAUACAUUCCUGAAAAAAUAAGUAAUGUUUAGCAAAAAUGAAGAUCAAUUUAUGAGUUCACAAAGACCCUAGAGUAUUGAAUUUCAUGAGAAAAGAGGUCAUUUCUGGACCAUUCAAAUUCCAAGCUAUAUUUAAGAACACCUGCAUCAUGAUGAAUCGAGUAUGAAUGCUCAAAUAGUUUAUCCAUUUUGUGACAAAAUGAAGCUGAAUUUAUUUAGAGAGUAAUAUCAAUAGGCAUAUAUUGAUGUAUUCAAAGCAAUCGAAUAAGAAAUGAGGACCCAUUCUGCCUACAUCUCGGUUGGAAUAUUGGACAUGAAAUCCAAUAAUCCUAUAUUGGGAAUAGACAACUAUUCAAUGACUUAAGACAUCAUAGACGCUUUCAUUUCAUGUACUCCCAAAAUCCAUAAAUUAAUAUUCAUAUCUGAAGUUGAAUCUCAGGCCUUCAUAAUGGGAAUGGCAUUGAAAGACAAGACUCGUCAUCUACAGGAACUAACAAAUGUAUUUGUGGAACAAGAAAAGCAAAAUCCAGAACAAGCAGAAUAACCAGAACAAGCAGAUCAAAUUAUAGAACAGAAGGAUGUUCCCAUUAAAGUUGAAUUAGAAAUACAAUUUAAACAAGAUGAGGACAUCUAGCUCAAUUCAAACAAUAUUUAGUUGGAAAUUCAGAAUUUGAAUCCCCAAGUUCAGAGGAUUCAGAAACCCACUGUAGUCAGUUAUCACAAUGGACACAAAUGUAUAGAUAACCAUGUUGACAUUAUUAGAAAACAUUGCGUAUUAAUUCUUCAGAGAAUUCAGUGUUCCUUUGAAUUAAUAAGUAUUUCAAACCAUCCUUCCAAGAGUGAAUGAUUCCAACCCACUGUGUCUGUGUGGUAGAAACAUCAAGAUCAGACUCGAAGGUAAUUAAUGUUGUUAUUGUGGAUUGCAUAGAUCCACUACAUUAUAAUGUGAAUAACGAGUAAGAUUGUUAGUAAUUUAGGCAUGUGGAAGAUAGUAUUGUGCCAGUUGUAUUAAUCCGGCUAAAAUUUUUAACAUAUGUUUUUAAGGUCAUUAAAUGAAAUUUGUUUAAGAAUUGGAUGUUACCUAAAAAUGUUUAUAUUGUCAAUAAUCCACUUUUCGUCUUGGCCACUUCAGAUGUUAACCCUGUCACUUGAAGAUAUGCGCUUAUUGCUAUUAUUCAAAGUAUACGGAAUGGCAAUUCAAGAAAGUAAAAUUUGGAUAUACCUAAAUUAGAUGAAAAUCUACUUAAAUUGUUUGAAAAAGAUCAAGCCAAAUUACAGAUAAGAGGUUUACAAUUAAUUAAUUACUGAGUAUUUGCUUGAUGCAAACUUAGAAAAAUUACAAUAGAGAUGA